AUGGUCUCGGUUGGUUUUCCUGAGAAGGUGCCUCGCAAUAAUAAAAAUACUCCUUCUAUCGAUGGGUUUAUUCAACCCCUUUUCCCCAACCAGAAAGUUUUGGACAUACAAACCUAUGACGAAGAUCCGCAUCCACACUAUCUCCUACAUAUGUCUGGAGGAACUGAGCUCGCAUUGAAAACAUCGACACGCCAACCAGAAACUGUCCUAUACCAUGAACGGCAUGCUCUCGAAGUCGAGGCUCACGUCUUGUUGUUACUUGAACCGAGCAGGAUAUGGUGCAUCCCAAAGCUUAUUCGAUGUGAGGUAGUUCCGUCAUCUCCAGAAGUAGCAUGUCUUCUACGUUACAAGUGUCCCGGCACGCCUCUUUCGGUAAUCAAAGAGAAGUUGACGUCGGAGGAGCUGAAACGAAUUGACAAGCAACUCGGUAUUACUGUCGAUCGAAUUGGGCAACAUACCGCUACGAAAUUCGGUCCAGUCUAUGAUAUAUGCAUGGGAAGAGGAGAACGGACUUGGAAACAAGCGUUUCUUAACCUCCUUGAAUCACUUUUAUGGAAUGCUGAAAAUAUGCUCAUUUCAUUACCGUAUUUUGAGAUUCGUCAUCAAGCAAGUCGUUUGUCUGCGGUGUUUGAUGAUGUUACGGAACCACGAUUGAUUUUGUAUAAUAUCAGUCAGCCUUCCCAUAUCAUCAUCGACCCUGAGACUAAAGAUAUCAGCGGUAUUAUCGAUUUCACCGCUGCAACAUGGGGUGAUGUUCUUAUGACCGACAUAUUUGAAAACCCUUCCCUCGAAAUCAUCAGUGGCUAUUCCUGCUACCGCAAUGUCCUCAAAAUAGUGAAGCAAUACUAUCGGAACCAGCCCCAUGAGGAGGAGCUUCGAGUCCGAAAGAAUUUGAUGUCGGACCUUGCCUCUAUAGCAGAGUAUACCCCAUGA